GAGCUGGGGAGGAGGUGCUGCCAGCCGCCCGGCGCCCCGAGCCGAGGCUUCGCUGUGGAGAACCGCGCCCGGACUAAAGGCGCUCGCGGCCUCGAGAGCAUCGGCAGCGCCAGACCUCGGCCUGAUGGAUGCCUGGUGUGGAUGAUGAAGGAAGAAGGGGCCUCCCGAGCCCCAGAGGUGACCCCAUCGUGUGCCCUGGAAGACCCAGCAAGCCAGCACCAUGCGGCUGGCCUGCAUGUUCUCAUCCGUGCUGCUGUUUGGUGCCGCCGGCCUCCUGCUCUUCAUCAGCCUGCAGGACCCCACGGAGUUUGCGCCCCAACAGGUGCCAGGAGUCCAGUUCAGCAUGAGGCCCCAACGGCCCCACAAGGACCUCCCACGACUGGGUGGCGGUUUCCCGAAUGGCAACUCGAGGAUCCCCACCGAGAAGGUUCCCCUAGAUUUGUCCAGCCGUGCCCCCAAAGGUCUCCACGUGCCAGUGCCUGAUCAGUCUCCACCGCACCUGAAGCCGGGUGCCCGGCCGCGUCUCCCGCAGCGCCGCCGGCGGCUGCUCAUCAAAAAGAUGCCCGCGGCCACCAACACCAACAGCUCGGCGGGAACCGCCGCUGGGGUCCGGCCUGAACCAGGCGCCCCGGACGGCCGCUGGGCGGACCUGCAGCGUGCGCAGCAGGAGCGCAAGCGGCUGAUGCGAGAAGCCUGCGCCAAGUACCGCGCGAGCAGCAGCCGUAGCAGGGCCAUCACGCCGCGCCACGUGUCGCGCAUCUUCGUGGAGGACCGGCACCGCGUGCUCUACUGCGAGGUGCCCAAGGCCGGCUGUUCCAACUGGAAGCGCGUGCUCAUGGUGCUGGCGGGGCUGGCCUCGUCCGCCGCCGGCAUCCAGCACGACACGGUGCACUACGGAGGCGCGCUCAGGCGGCUGGAUACCUUCGACCGCCAGGGCAUCCUGCAUCGGCUCAGCACCUACACCAAGAUGCUCUUCGUGCGCGAGCCCUUCGAGAGGCUGGUGUCCGCCUUCCGUGACAAGUUUGAGCACCCAAACAGCUACUACCACCCUGUCUUCGGCAAGGCCAUCCUGGCGCGCUACCGGGCCAACGCCUCGCGCGAAGCGCUGCGGACCGGCUCGGGCGUGCGCUUCCCUGAAUUCGUGCAGUACCUGCUGGACGUCCACCGGCCAGUGGGCAUGGACAUCCAUUGGGACCACGUCGGCCGACUCUGCAGCCCCUGCCUCAUCGAUUACGAUUUCGUGGGCAAGUUCGAGAGCAUGGAGGACGAUGCCAACUUCUUCCUGAGCCUCGUGCGCGCGCCGCGCAAUCUCACCUUCCCACGCUUCAAGGAUCGCCACUCGCAGGAGGCGCGCACCACGGCCAGGAUCGCGCGCCAGUACUUUGCACAACUCUCGGCCCCGCAGCGGCAGCGCGCCUACGACUUCUAUUACAUGGACUAUCUGAUGUUCAACUACUCCAAGCCCUUCGCCGACCUGUACUGACGGCCGCGCAGUGUAGGGUAGGGGUGGGGGUGGCGGCAGAGAUGGCUGUGUGCAGGUGCGUGCACCAUUCUCCGAGCACCAUGCUCCGAGCAUCCUCACCCGGGGAACUGGGAUGAUCCCAGAGCGACAGGGUCCCUGAGAACACGCGAGGGCUGGGGGCAGGGAUGCAGCAGGCUCCAUGUCCUGGGUGGGGCUCCUAACCCUAGUCCCCUACCUGCUUUUUCUCACUCCUGGGCCAAAGGAGCUCUGGGAGGCUACCGAGGGGUGUGCUAGUUCAGCGAGGAGUUGCCAUGGCUGAGGAAGUAUGAAGUCCAGAGGACAGGGUCCCCCAGGCUCCAAGGAAUUCUCCCACAGGCCCUUCGCCAAUGCCUUGACCCAAACCACGUGCGGUUUGCAGCUUUUCUACAAAAAGGGAAGGGGCGGGGUGCAGAUUCCAAAUAAAGCACAUGGUUGAUUUU